GGCCCGGCCGGUUAUUAUUUGUAGCUUGUAUAGGAAAGACCGCCGUGUAGCCAAGCCAAUCCAUUCGUACCACAAUGUCGACUAUACCGUCCUCGCCCGCGUCCGCUGUCUCGGGUUCGGCGCCGGCGCCGCCGCCGGAUAUGGUGGAGGACUGCAUGGGCAUCGUGCAGCUCCUGAGCGACGGCACCGUGAGGCGCAGCCUGGACUACUCCCACCUGCCGAUGCUGAGACACGUCCCCUCCGACCUGCCCGUCCAGUGGAAAGACGUGGUGUACGACGCCGGCAACGGCCUCCGCCUCCGGAUGUACAGGCCAACCACCGCCGGCCGCGCAGAGAAGAAGCACCCGAAGCUCCCGGUGCUCGUCUACUUCCACGGCGGAGGCUUCUGCAUCGGCAGCUUCGAGUGGCCCAACUUCCACGCGGGCGCGCUCCGGCUGGCCGGCGAGCUCCCGGCGCUCGUGCUCUCCGCCGACUACCGGCUCGCCCCGGAGCACCGCCUCCCCGCCGCGCACCGGGACGCCGAGACCGUCCUCUCGUGGCUCCGCGACCAGGCGGCCGCCGGCACCGACGCCUGGCUCGCCGAGUGCGCCGACUUCGGCCGGGUGUUCGUCUGCGGCGACUCCGCAGGCGGCAACAUGGUGCACCACGUCGCCGCCCGCCUCGGCUCGGGCGCCCUCGCGCUCGGUGACCGGGUGCGGGUCGUCGGGUGCGUGAUACUCUGGCCCUACUUCGGUGGCGUGGAGAGGACGGCGGCCGAGGCCGAGGCCGAGGCCAUGGCGCCGUCGUCCGAGUUCGACCCUGGGAAGAACUUCGACCAGAUGUGGCGGCUGGCUUUGCCGGACGGAGCGACCAGGGACCACCCGACGGCGAACCCGUUCGGGCCGGAGAGCGCCCCGCUCGAUGACGUGCGGUUCCCUCCGGUGCUGGUUGCCAAUGCCGGCCGUGACCGGAUGCGCGACCGGGUGGCUGAGUACGUGGCGAGGCUCCGGGCCAUGGGGAAGCCCGUCGAGCUCGCCGAGUUCGAGGGCCAGGGCCAUGGCUUCUUCGUGUUCGCCCCCUUCGGUGAUGCCUCAGACGAGCUGGUCCGAGUGGUCAGGCAAUUCAUGUGUACGUGUACGGCGACCAGCCACGGGUGAUUAACAUAUGGAUCGGAUGUAAUGCUCUUCUCGCCAGUGCUUAUUUCAUAUUUUCAAUGGAAGUGCUGAAUAUUUUAGAUUACAAAUGUAAAUCGGAUGCUUUUUUUUUGGGGAAUAAAUCGGAUUCUUACUAA